GACUGUCGAGCGUGCUAUUCCGUCUUACCCCCUCUUCUUGAUUCGCCGGAUGCCUUCAGUUCCGUGAUCAUAAGAAAGAGAGUGAAUUAAAAAUGUGUCAACCCUUCGUGGCUGACGCACUGUACUCACAAUGAGGAGAUCUUAUGAAUAAAUUCGGAUGGUUGGUCGUGACUCUGGGCAACAUAACCAACUCAACCCGGCAAAAAAGGAGGAAUCCAAAUUCAAGAAAAAUUGAAUUAAAUUGAAAGAGCGUCGACACCAACAUGGCUUAUGAUCAUGUUUUAAGCCAGCUGGGCGACUUUGGUCGAUAUCAAAGGAGAAUUUACAUCCUCCUUUGCCUUCCUGCAAUAUCAUGUGCCUUUCACAAACUGGCAUGGGUUUUCUUGGGAGCCAAAGCACAUCACAGAUGUCAGUUACCAUUUGAGGAGGCCAAUGCUACAUACAGUAGCCUCUCAGUGUCAACUUGGAAUAUGUCACUUCCAUGGGAUUCUCAGUUAGGGAAUUAUUCUUCUUGCGCUCGAUAUGAUGCCAACUUUACUGACGAUUAUUUUCAAAGUAUGCAACCAGCAACCCAAACUGUACCAUGCAGCAGCUGGAUCUAUGACCAUUCUAAAUAUGAAAGUAGUGCUGUCAUGGAGUGGAACCUUGUUUGCAACAACGCAUGGCUCAGGGCUACUGCUGACGCUCUCUUCAUGGUUGGAGUUCUCCUAGGAUCCAUCAUAUUUGGAGAUCUUUCUGAUAGAUUUGGCCGACGUCCUAUUUUCUUUGCAUCCUUAGUCCUUCAACUUAUUGGAGGUAUUCUGGCUGCAAUUGCACCAGAAUAUAUUACAUUUGUCCUCGCUCGAAUGGUAGUUGGAGCUACUUCAUCAGGAGUGUUCCUAGUGGCUUAUGUAAUAGCUUUGGAAAUGGUAGGUUCUAAAAAGCGGUUGAUUGCUGGUGUUGUGUGUCAGAUGUUUUUCUCAGUUGGGUACAUGCUCACUGCAUUUUUGGCAUACAUGAUCAGAGAUUGGCGAUAUCUUCAACUUGCUCUUACUUUACCUGGUGUUGCCUUCAUGUGUUACUGGUGGUUAAUACCUGAAUCAGCCCGCUGGUUGCUCACAAAGAACCGUAAGGAGGAAGCUAUACAACUGCUACUCAAAGUUGCCAACGAGAAUAAAGUAAAUAUAACUGCUGAAAGAAUUCAAGAGCUUCUUGACCAGGAAGAGGAGGAGACACCAGAAACUGAGAAGGAAAUGAAAAAUAUGGAAUCUGGAAGCCCAUUAAUGAACAAAGAACUCACACAAAAUGGCAUAGAUCAUAAAAAUGAAGAUCCCGAGUCCCAUCAAGAUAAAAUGCUGACAAAUGGAAGUGGCACUGAAAAAAAAGAGGAACCAGGAGAAACUGGAUCACCUUCUGUGCUUGACCUUUUUCGCUAUCCAAAUCUUAGAAAAAAGUCCUUGAAUAUAUUCUUUAACUGGUUUGUCAAUAGUGCUACCUACUAUGGAUUAUCCUGGAAUACAUCAAACCUUGGAGGAAAUGAUUUCCUGAAUUUCCUUAUUUCUGGAGUAGUUGAAAUCCCUGGCUAUGUCAUGCUUUUAUUAUUACUGAACCGUUGGGGACGAAAAGCAACUCUUUGUUCUGCAUUAAUCAUCACAGGGCUGGCUCUUCUACUAACACAAGUUGUGCCUUCAAACACAAACUGGCUGAUAAUUACACUAGCUAUGAUUGGUAAAAUGACAAUUACUGCAUCUUAUGGCACCAUAUAUAUAUUCACUGCUGAGCAAUUCCCCACUGUCAUUCGAAAUGUUGGAUUGGGAGCUGCAUCCACAUCAGCUCGAGUAGGAGGAGUGUUAGCACCAUACUUUAAUCUACUGGCUGAUUAUUGGCGCCCCCUACCCCUUGUUAUCUUUGGUACUUUGGCCUUAUCAGCUGGAAGUCUAGCUUUGUUGCUUCCAGAAACAUUAAAUAAGAAACUGCCAGAAACCAUACAGGAUGGAGAAGAGUUUGGAAAGAAAGCAAAGAAGAUGAAAAGUCCAAAACAGUCCUUAUCUGACGCAUAAUAUAUUUUAUUAAUUUUUGUUUCUCCAAAAUUUGUCAAAAACUUUUUAAAAGAAAUUUUCUACGUUUCAUAAGUUUUGCACAUUAUUUAAAACUGUCCUGACAGUGUUGCUCUUCUUUUGAGGUAGUACAGGAAGUACACAGAAGACUGUUUUUAUUAAUGACAAGACAAGUCCAUUGGACUAUGUAGUUGAAACUUAAUAUUGUGUGACUAAUAGAGUGACAAACUCCAGUUUUUGGCCACUAUGUGGCUGUGGAAUACUCUUAUGUUCCCUGUGGCACUGUAUGCAGCAUAUGAUAACAAAUUACCUUUCAAUAUAGGUAUACUGCUUGUAAAUUGACAAGUGCUCCCAUUAGAUGGAAUUCUGCACGUACCCACAUGUCAUGAGUUUCAGUAAGAUUUUAUGUACAUGUUUGCGUAUGAAAAGUAAUUGGGUGAUUUGAAUUACUGUAUAAGCCCUGUGGUUCAUUGCUGUGUACUCUAGAAUUAGAAGAGUGUGAUGUCUAUUAUUUUUGAGUGUAUGGAAACCAUGUGAAACAGUGUGCCAAGUGGAAAAAGUGCAUUAGUUCUCUCAGCGUGAAUCCAACAUGUUUGAAAUUUGUACGUGACUUCUGUGGCACACUUUUCAGAAUGAAAAUGAUGCUGCUAACUUUUUUCUAGAUUAGACACAAUAGAUCUCACUUUGAACUAUCGUAACAAGUAAUAUACACUAACUACUUAAUACGUUCGAAUAAUGCUAAUAUGCCAAAGAAAUUCUAUAAAUGUUACCUGAUGUACCUUCAUUUCUGUUGCAAUUGGAGAGAAAUAGUAACCCGUCGUCUUACAACUAAAAUUAUUCAAUUUGCAAAGUUGAUGUAUUUUAUGAUGUUUAUUUAUUUAUUUGUAGAGUCAUAGGACAGUAACUUCCAUUGACCGAUGCAGUUAAUGCUCCACUGCUUUUUCAGAGGUUUACAUCAUGCAUUGUACUUACUCAUGACAAUAAUAUUAGGUUCUUAUACAGAUGUUUGCUCAGGUUUUUCUAUUACUUAAACAUUAAAGUACUGGUACAUGAAAAUUUCUAAUUACCUAAAUUGAAUUUGUCUAACAUUACUUUGUAAUUUGGACCAUUUUACAACUUGCACGGGGUGUAUCAGAGCAAACCCCCCAGUGUUGCAGGUUUGUCUACUCUCCCUGCCCAUAAGGCACCCUUGCCCCGGGAGCCCAAUAGAGAAGGCAACGCUCCGCAACACGUUUUGGCUCUGAUACACCUAGUACAUACAUAGGUAAGGCUAUUUGCUGAGGCAAAUUUUUGUGUUGUGCCUGUUAAGUCCCUUGUAAUAAAUUCGAAUUUCUGUUAAUGCUGAAAAACAGAAAAUGGAAGAAUCUCUAAUAAAAAGAAAAGAAUAAAAUUGUAUCUGAAUCUGUGUAAAAAGGAUAGAAUAAAAUUGUAUCUGAAA